GGGCAAACUUGAGGACGCCUCCAGUGGGCCCCCCCAGGAUGCGUCACUCGCCUCAGGCUUAUCAAAACCCCACCCGAGCCCCACGAACGUCGUUCCUCCCUCCCAUCCCGGUAGCGGCCUCGCUGUCCCGAACUGUGGGCGCCUCACGUCCAGCCUGGGACCCAGGGUGUCGCCGCGCACGCAGAGCCCGCCGGCACCGCGUCGCAUUCUUCCCGCUCUCUCUCUCUCUCUCUCUGUCUCCGGCGCUGCUGACCUUAAAUCUGACCCCAGGACCCGCCUCGCGACGCCACUGCCGGGAGUUGGAAAGCGAAACCGCUCGGCUCCGCGCACACACACGGCACCGCCCGCGUCCGCCCCUGGGGCCGCGCGUUAAGUUUCGAUUCUCGGCGGAGCGGCGUCCCGCGCUGCGGCCGGAGCAGCGGCAGCCAUAGCGCGCCAUGGCCGACCCCGGGGUGUGCUGCUUCAUCACCAAGAUCCUGUGUGCCCACGGGGGCCGCAUGACCCUGGAGGGGCUGCUGGCUGAGAUCGCGCUCCCCGAGGCGCAGCUCUGCGAGCUGCUGGAGGCGGCGGGGCCCGACCGCUUCGUGCUGCUGGAGAUCGUAGGCCAGACCGGGGUCACUCGGUCGGUGGUGGCCACCACCCGAGCCCGCGUCUGCCGUCGCAAGUACUGCGAGAGACCCUGCGACAGCCUGCACCUCUGCAAGCUCAACCUGCUGGGCCGCUGCCACUAUUCACACGCUCAGCGGAACCUUUGCAAAUAUUCCCAUGAAGUUCUCUCGGAACAGAAUUUCCAGGUUUUGAAGAAUCAUGAGCUCUCUGGGCUUAACCAAGAGGAACUGGCAGUACUCCUGGUCCAGAGCGACCCGUUUUUCAUGCCUGAGAUAUGCAAAAGUUACAAAGGCGAGGGCCGGAAGCAGGUAUGCGGGCAGCCACAGCCAUGCGAGAGACUCCACAUCUGUGAGCACUUCACCCGGGGCAACUGCAGUUACCUCAACUGCCUCAGGUCCCACAACCUGAUGGACAGAAAGGUGUUGGCCAUCAUGAAGGAGCACGGGCUGAGCUCUGAUGUGGUCCAGAACAUCCAGGACAUCUGCAACAACAAGCACUCGCGGAGGAACCCGCCUGCCGUGAGAGCUCCCCAACCAUAUCGCAGAGGCAGGGCCAGAGGCAGAAGCAAAAGCAGAGACCGGUUCUUUCAGAACAGUCUAGAAUUUCUCCCAACUGUCUCACCUGCGGAAUCUGGUCCACCGAGCCCAGAUGCCUCUAGCUGUAAGGAUCCCCUGGAGGAUGUGUUUGCGGAUGUCACUCAGAAGUUCAAGUACCUGGGCACUCAAGACUGUGCACAGCUUCCCGCCGCUCCACCUAAGGCUGCCAGCCAAAUGGGAGGAGCCAGCCAAAUGGGAGCGGGCCUGAAGUUUUCAGAGAAUGGGGACCCAGGCGGCCUAUUUUCUAGGAGUCCUUCUGAUUCAUUCUUAAAUCAAGCUGCCAGCGGCCUUCAUCUCGAUGUGACACAGACACUUGAAGCCAUGGCCACGAAAACAAAUAAGCCUUCUGGACACCGCAUAGAUGUCAAGAGCAAGAAUGAGGUCCACGACGUCCUGCAAGCCCCCUUUUUUGAUAGCUAUGCUGGUGGAGCGACUAUGGAAGGAACAGCCUCAGGAAUUCUAGGUAGCAGGGCCACAGCCAACGGUCUGGGAGAAAUGAUAUUACCUAGCGGCCAUCAGAAGAGUGCAGCUAACCCUCAGGGUCCCCAGACCACCGGGAGAAUCACCGACAGCAGCCAAGACGCAGCGUUCCUGAGUGGUAGAUACGGAGGAAAUGCAGUCUGGGCUAGUAAAUCUACCCACAGCGAACCAAACGGCUCUAGUCAAGUUAUGAACGGAACUCCUGAUGUCUCUAAAAGUAGUGCCGCUGGCUUUGGUGUGAAAGCAGCAGUCGCCGGGAGAAAAGAAGCUACAUGCCCCGGAGGUCAGAGUCUGAGAGGCCAGGUCCUGGCCGUGCCUGAGGAGAUUACUGCCCCUGUACAAGCCAGCAGGCUGCCUCAGUCAUCCCCAACUUCCUCAAGCCACAGAGUCGCAGCCCCUGGGACCCUUGACAAGAACUCGGCACGUACCUCUGUGAACCCAGCUCAUAAGCCCUCAAGGGGGACCUCAGACUCUGAGUAUCCCCCGUGCCCCAUCACGAGUUCUGCAUCCCUUAAGACGGAUGAUCAUGGGCCAAAGGAGAUCUGUCAGGACUAUCUGCAUAAGGGCUGUCUACAGAGCAACUGCAGCAAGAGCCACUUCCAUCUGCCCUACCGGUGGCAAGUGUUCCUAGACAAUUGUUGGGUUGACUUCCAGGCCAUGGAGGACUUCGAGCGGGCCUAUUGUGAUCCCCAAAAUGAGGUCAUCACGAUAGGAAAGCAUCAGAUCAAUUUCCAGAAGAUGACUUGUGGCUCUUACCCCAUCCGCCGCCUCUCCACGCCUUCGUUCGAUGCACAGUCCGUUAAUUCCGUCUUCAGCACCAAGUGGCUCUGGUACUGGAGGAAUGAAUUUAACAAAUACGUACAGUAUGGGGAUGAGAGAGAAAGCCAGUUCAGUUCCGACAUCAGCUCUCCGUACCUGGAGUCUGUCUUCCAGUCCUGUCCCAGGGGAGUUGUGCAGUUUCAGGCCGGCUCACAACACUACGAAUUAAGCUUCCAAGGGAUGAUUCAGACAAACAUAGCUUCCAAGACUCAGAGGCAUGUAGUCAGACGGCCAGUGUUCGUCUCGCGGACGGAUGUGGAGCACAGGAGGAGGGGCGCAGACUGGCAGCCAGUGAUGCCUGUGGUAGAGGCUCUGACCCUGGAUUCUCCUCCCCAGAGGAAUACUAGCACAUUUCCUUCUAACAGAUACGAGUUGGUAUCACUCGAUAGCCAGGAUGUGGAGUAUGUCACAAUAAGUGAACUUUUUAAAGCAUCCAUGAAGUAUUUCAAGAUUACAACCAUAAAGAGGAUAUGGAAUGAAGACCUCUGGAACACUUUUGAAAGGAAGAAGGUGGCGAUGAGGAACAGCAACGAGAUGCUUCUGUUUCACGCAACAUGCCGUGCCCACGUGGAUUAUAUCUGCAGGAGCAAUUUCGACUGGAUCCUAAACGGGAGUCGGGAGACCAAAUACGGAAAAGGAAAUUACUUUGCAAAAGAAGCCAUGUAUUCCCACAAGAAUUGUCCAUACGAGGCCAAAAACAUCGUCAUGUUUGUCGCCCGAGUCUUGCCUGGAAACUCCAUCGAAGGCAAUGUGACAUACAGCAGGGCGCCUGCUCUCUAUGACAGCUGUGUGGACAGCAGGUUGAAUCCCUCCGUCUUUGUCAUCUUCAAGAAAGAGCAGAUUUGCCCAGCAUAUGUGAUUGAGUACACGGAGCUAGAAAAAGAGAAACCCUGCACAAUUAGUUAGAAACGAUGCAUACUGCGCCGAGGCCAUUCUGUUGACUUCCAGGACCAAAUCAUCCCCGGGCAGCAGUUAGACUUUUACAUUUCCUUGCUACCGUUACCUAACGUCUUAAAUCAGCAAUUCUCAAAACUUCUCUCCAAAUUCACAGUCCCAGGUUGUCCCCCCCCCCCCCAAGAACAAGGCAGUGUUUUUUGUAAAACCUGCCCCAUGACUCCAGCAUUUUGAAGACAUUUCACCGUCUUAGCAUUGCUGGUGAGGCUGAUUUCUAAAUUGUCCAUAAUCUGAUCUUCCCAUGUACUCUUCGUUUUCACUGUGUAUGUAGCAUUGUUUUGGUUUCACUUAAUUUGAACUGGAUAUUAGUUUGGGAAAUUUGAGGGACAUGUAAUAAUGUUUAUUGAAAUAGGGACAUAUAAGACAUUGCAGCUUUGGGUAACUUGCUGAGGAAAAAAGUUUAAAGGCUACAUUUAAACGAUACUGAGACACAAAAAGCAGUACGCAAUACUGUAUACUACCAUGCGAUGAAACUGAUCUGAGGAACAUAUUUCUGUCUCUCUGCAUUUACUUAGAAGACAGAUUCCAUGGAGUUGGCUCUGAAAUAUAAUGAUAAACGCCCCGACAUAUAGUUCAGAAUCAACUAACUGGAGUUAAUUGUCCAUUUAGACUCUUGCUGUCCGAGCUCUAAUUUAUCUGAUUACAGAGGACGCUUUUGCACGUCAGGCUUUUUGUGUGUGUAAUCAUCUGGAUUUUAGUAAGGUUAGGUUGCAGCACUGAUAAACCCCAGUGUUGUUGGGAUUUGCAUACAGAAACCAGGAAAGGUCUUCUGUGUUUGAAGGCUGGGCCUUGUAAGGAGACUAGACUGAUUUGUUGGUGAGCGAAAGGCUGUGCAGAGAAAAGUGUCCCACAUAGUCCUUUACCUGCUAGCCACAUCUUCUGGGAAAGCGUAGUGGGUGUGGUUUUUUAGAGCAUUUAGGAUGCCUGGACCAGUUUUUUUUUUUUUCCUUGCUUACUACAUGCGAAUCAGGCUCUUCCUUCCAACCCCCUUUCUCGACACUCAGUGCCAGAUGCCCAGUUUUCCUGUUAUACUUCUUCCUUUCCUGUUACAUUCCUUCCGGCACACGUUCGACAUUAGUGGGUAAUUGGUCGGAGUUUUCAUCAGUCGCUUUCCUUUGAAGGUCUCCAGAAUCUUUUAGAGUAGGAUUCUUUUCAUUCAUUGCCACUUUUUUUUUUUUGUUUUGUUUUGUUUUUUUGGUUUUAUGAGACAGGGCUUCUCUGUAUUGUUUUGGAGGCUAUCGGUCCAGCCUGGCCUCGAACUCACAGAUAUCUGCCUGCCUCUGCCUCCCGAGUGCUGGGAUUAAAGGCGUGUGCCACCACCUCCCGGCGCCACUUUUUUUUUUUUAAUUCACUGAUUUCCCUUUUCUUUUUUUUCUCAUGUGGUAUCUUCUGUUUUGGAAUACUCAAUUCUCUGACGUAGAUUUCAUACUGUAGACAUGCAGUGAUUAUAACUACGCAGUAAGCUGACUUCUAGUUGGAUGUUUUCCUGCCAUCUCCAGCUCAACAGGCUCAGAAUGGAACACUCUUUGCCUCCUUCAAAGAGAUCGGUUCGUGGUGUGUUUGUGUCCCGCCCCCCCCACACCCGCCUGCCCCAACCCCCCUAAACAGUAUAACUUGCUCCCUGCUAUGCAAGCAGAAAGCUAGACUUCCUUCCAGGCUCCCAGCAUCCCCCAAUCCCUUACACGUCUGAGUCGUUCCUAAGCCUGUUCUGAAGUCCUUGCGGUUCUUGGUAACUUUUGUACCUACUUCAAUUCAGUGGUUCUGUUGGGGUUCCCACCCCUCCCUGCACUAGGCAAUAAUCUGUUUUAAUCUCUAAAGUGCAAUUCAGACAAUAUAUUCUCCAUAUAACUCCAUUAAUUAAAAAAAUAAGUCAAAGUUAAUAUAAUUUAAGAGGUCAUAACUCCGGCACUUACAUUACUAAGACAUAAUGGAGUCGUUAGAUGCCUACACUUACCAUGAAUCAGUAUGAGCUUAGAAGAAAGGAAUUGGCCGAAGGUGAAAAACCAGGCACAUAUGUGGACAUCAGAGUAAAAACUACUGACACAAGUCACUCACAGAUGUCAGCACUAUCUGUUCAUGGUAAGAACGAAAUACCUUCGUUGUAAUAAAGAUACUGUACAAAAGAGCUUACAGAUUGUCCGGAGAAUGAAGAGAUACAUUCUUGCAGACAAGCUGUAGGUCGUACAUGAAUGUCUGAUGAGGCAUUCAAAACUCGAAUAGGGCGCAGAGUAAUUUCUUAUUGUGAGGAACUGCCCAAUAGGUCGAAAGAUGCGUAGUUCGCUCUCAAAUGCUAAAUGCCAGUACUGCCCUCCUGCCCACAGUCAUGACAACCAUAGACCCCACUAGACAUGUUCAUCCUUUUAAGGGUAGAUCUUUUUCAUAAUGCCUUUUGCCAUCGUGAGAUGAUUUAUAGGCAAUACAGUCUACAUGAGUUUAUUAAAACUUAAUUUAGUGCCCUACCUGUUUUAUAAUGGGAAUGAAACCUAGAUGUAAUGAACACACUGAAUUCCAGUAUGUCAGUGCUCAGGCAUGACUAUGCUGUAGGUUUUAAAAGAUGUUAACUCACUAUGAAUAGGUUUGGGCUUAAGAGUUUAGCAGUACAAAGUACAGGAAAAUGAAAGAUGGAAGGGAUGGGUGACACAAACCAGAUGGCAUUGGGGUACACCAUAGCAGACCAUGCACCUUAUCUGUCCUAUGGUGAAGGAAAGGGCGGGAUCACCUUAAUUGAAGUGAUAAUAAGACAGGACAAAUUACAUUUUGUCUCAGAGGAAACCACGUGUUCUCUCUCAAACUGUAGGUCCUGCAUAAGUGUCCAACAGGACAUUAGGUAGUCGCGAGGGUGCGGAACAGUCUGCGUGUGGGACUGACCCACCCACACGCAGCAGAACGCUUGUUCUGCCUCAGGUUGCAUCUAUAUAGUGCCGGUAACAACCUUCAGAUACAAAGCCAGCAACCGUUGCUCUCCAGGAUACUCAAUGAGAACCACUGACCUCGUUAGCUGACAGCAUUCUCGGAUCCAUUUGGUUGUUACUCCCAUUCUGUUUUACUAUAGAAUACCCAGAUCCUUGCUUCACAAACCCCCCAGUUUUAAAACUGCUUUGUGCCUUGAUUUUUCUUUCUGUCUUUAUCAGCCUUCUUGUCUGUUCAAUAAAAGAAAAAAGUAA